AUGGCUGAGAAGGAAGGAGUGCCAUGUGGAAAGAAAGCCACGCAACGUCCUACUCACAUCACUGUGGGUGUCCAGACAGACUACAGGGAAAACGAAACACAGACAGAUCCAUACAGCCCGGAGUAUUGUGGUGCAACCCGGGGCGACUCCCUCUGAACUCUCCAGCUGGCAGCCUUGUCUUGGGGCCGUGGUCUCCCUGCAGUAGCAGAAGUGGAAAUGAUCGAGCGGGCGCGUGCCAAACGAGUUUGGGAGGCCAGACUUCCUCCGCUGAGUGACCUGAGCCAGCUCGACAAGAGGAGACGCAUGAUGGAGGCAAUGGAGGCUAAAGAGUGGGCUUUCAGAGAAGGAGAAAUCCAGAAGUUGCAAGAGGCUCGUCUUGCUGUGCUGAAAGACCUGCUGAAGCAGAGAGACGAGGCUCAGAAAGAUGUCACAAAUGAGAGACUGAAACAGAUAUAUUAUAAGCUCCAAAAAGCCAAGGAGACCAAGAUGGACAAAACCCAUCAUUAUUUUAACUGUAGCACUGAGAAAUUGGAAGCUAAGCGGAGAAAUGUUGAGGGGAAGCUGGAGCGGCGUAGCUUUGAUUCUCGGAUUUUCGCCCCUCAGACACGUACAAACAAGAACACCAGCAACAAUCAGUUAAAAAGCCCCUACUUAGACACAUAUGAAGGCUUGCUGGAGCUAGAGGCAGGACUCAAUGCCUCAGUCUGCAAGUCAGCAGUGAGAAGACCCAAAUCCAAAAUCAUCAAACCUGUGAUCAAGCCACCUGUGAACAAAGCCAUGGAAUUGGUGGAGAAAUACAGGGCCCUGAGAGAGGAGGUGGACAAGCAAAAGACCUUGCGUUUUCUUGUCGAAAAAGGAGAAACCUGUUCCUCGUCCUGUCACCCCACAGUGGAAAAUCCACCAGAGGGGGAUGAGGAGAUCGAGCUUGCAGUAAUCCAUUUGCAGAAAAUACUGAGAGGAAGAAGUAUCCAAUAUGAGAUGUUUAAGGGUAAGGAGAACCAUCUAGAUCUCAUCCAGAAGCUGCGGUCUGUCUGCGCCCUGCAGGAGGAUGGGCAGGAGCAACACAAAGCAGAUAAAGCCCUCAUAAUGAACCUAAAGAAACAGAAAGACAACGAAAGUGACGAGAUUUCUCGAGUGGAGGCAUCUCAGGCCAGAGUGGUAGGUGCAGAACUGGGACAGCUGUUUGACACCUUGUCCAAGGAGCUGAUCCGUCUCCAGGAGGAGCGCAGGAUUCAUGCCUUUACCCUGCUGGCUGAGAGAGAAAGACGUAUACGGGAAGCUGAGGAGAGUGGGAGACAGGCAGAGGAGCGUAGACGCAGAGAAGAAGAUGAGAUCUUCAAACAAGUGGUGCAGGUACACCAGGAAAGUGUGGAUUUGUAUUUGGAGGAUGUAAUCUUGGGGACUUUGGAUCAGGUGGCCGACCAGCAGGCCAGAGAAGAGAUCCAAAGGAGGGCAAAGGAAGUCAAUGACAUCGCUUAUGCCAUGGAAGAAAGCCGGAACAAUCUUCAGUCAGAGGAGAUUGUGUCGGAGCUGGUGUACAGCUUCCAUCCAGAGGUCCAGAAGACCACCGUCAGGCAAAGAGUGCACCAGAAGCAGCACAGACACUUGCAGGCAGCUCAGAGCAUCAUUCAUGGGACUGCAAAACCUUCUGGGAUCCUUCCUAGUAUUCCGGGAGCCUCACAGUUGACCUGUCCUGGCAUUAAAGCCUCCAGUCGAAUAGUUGAGGAGAUAAUCAGCCAAGUGGAGCAGGGAAAGGGAGCAGAGCAGGACCACACUCAACCUGAGGAAGGACAGUCCUAAAAUAUUAAAAAUGUACUGCUGUGUGAUUUAAUGUUCUGUCUUAUUUUUAAAGUUUUUCAUUAUCUGACUGAUUUUUACACUGAAUUGAAUUGAACUGAGCUGUUUAUAUCUUGUCAUGGUACACCACACACAUCAAAAGCACAAACCCUGGAUGUCACAGGUUUGGUUGCGCCUGACCCUCUAUAAAGAUGAAUCAUCUGGAAGCACUGAUUCUAAUUUAAGAA